AUCUAAUUCAUAAAAAGUUGCCUGUUUAUUUUCUCAUCACACUUCACAUACAAAUUAAACAAAUUACGUGGCUUUCAUAACUAAAAGGUGACAGUAAAAAUGGGCAACAAGUUCUUUAACAAAUUAUUACUUAUUGGUGGCUUUGCGAGUCUGGCGCAUGCCGCCUUUUCAGCUGCUCAUCAUCGCACCUACUUGCGUCUAACGGAGCAGGAGUGGAAUCAUCUGCCACUGGACAUUAUACUGCAAACUGUAUUUAGCCUGGUGAUUGUGGUCUAUAAUAUUAUACAAAUUGUGGGCGACUUUAAGGAAAUACGCGCCACCGUGGACAUGCAGCAGAGGACUUGGGACACGCUGGGCAACUUUCCAUCAUUCUACACAUUCAAUCAUCGCGGUCGCGCCUUAAGUCCCGGUUAUAAGCCGCCUCAUUCCAACGAGAGCGAUGAUUAGUCCUCAGUCAAUAUUCAUUUAUAUCCGGUUUACAUUUCUAGUUUAAUGCAAUUAUUUGAUAAAUUAUGCUAAACCAA